AUCAUUUACCUUAAUAGACCUGCUUUCCUCAAUGAAAUAUGGGCAGAACCAAAUGUAUUUCAUAGCGCAUCAAAUGAAAAGUCGUUAUAUGAUGUCUCAACCAGAUUUAAGCUGAAUCCAGGUGCGAAACGGCGGGAACUGAGUUCUGACCAUCUGCAUCUCGCAUUGGGAAGAAGGCUGUCACCAUCGAAGUGGAUAUGUUGACAUUAACGUGAAGAUGGGUUUAGUUUUCGGUCUCUUGUGGCUGUUCAACAUAUUUUUGGAGUGCAUUCAUUGCCAAGGAGUGUAUGCACCUCCUACAGUCCGAAUAAUCCACUCUGGCCACGCAUGCAACAUCGAGGAGGAGCGCUACACCGAGCGCGUCUACACCAUCCGGGAGGGAGAGACCCUGGAGCUAGCAUGUCUAGUCUCAGGCCACCCUCGACCUCAGAUCCGGUGGACUAAAACGGCCGGUAGCGCCUCCGACCGCUUCCAGGACUCCAGUGUGUUCAACGAGACCCUGCGCAUCAUCCGGAUCCAGAGGCACCAGGGCGGACGCUACUACUGCAAGGCCGAGAAUGGCCUGGGCUCACCGGCCAUCAAGUCGAUCCGAGUGGACGUCUACUAUUUGGAUGAUCCCAUCGUAACCGUCCACCAGAGCAUCGGGGAGGCUAAGGAGCAGUUCUACUAUGAGCGGACAGUGUUCCUGCGCUGCAUGGCCAACUCCAACCCCCCAGUGCGCUACAGCUGGAGGCGUGGCAAAGAGUUCCUGUCCCAAGGCUCGGAUAAGGGCGUGGAGAUCUACGAGCCCUUCUUUACACAAGGGGAGACCAAGAUUCUAAAGCUGAAGAACCUUCGACCUCAGGAUUACGCCAACUACAGCUGUAUCGCCUCUGUCCGGAAUGUGUGCGGCAUCCCCGAGAAGAAUGUUCUCUUCAAACUCUCGAACAAAACAGCAUCCCCCACCAUUAAACUGCUGGUGGAGGACCCUAUCGUGGUGAACCCCGGGCAGUCCGUGACCCUGGUGUGUGUGACCUCCGGUGGGGAGCCAACACCCACACUCACCUGGGUGCGCAACACGGAUGAGCUGUCCAAGAAAAGCCGACUCAACGGGGGAACCCUCACGCUUCCCGCCAUCUCCAUGGAGGAAGCAGGAGUCUACAGUUGCGUGGCCAGCAACAACGUUGGCAACCCGGCUAAGAAGUCCACUGCCAUCGUGGUCCGAGGGCUAAAGAAGGGGCGCUUCUGGAUCACGCCUGACCCGUACCACAACGACGACAACAUCCAAAUCGGCCGUGAGGUCAAGAUCUCCUGCCAGGUAGAGGCAACGCCCCCUGAGGAGCUUCUGUUCAGUUGGCUGAAGAAUGGCCGGCCGCUGCGCAGCUCGGAGCGCAUGGUCAUCACCCACACCGACCCCGACGUCCAGCCCGGCACUACCAACCUGGACAUCAUUGACCUCAAGUUCACAGACUUUGGCACGUACACCUGCGUAGCGGCGCUGAAGAACGGCGGCAUCCCCGAAGUCAGCAUCGACGUCAAUAUCUCUUCGACUACAGUCCCUCCGGAGCUGACGGUGCCGCGAGGCAAGUCCCCCAUGGUGGUCCAGGAGAGUGACACAGUGGACCUGCAGUGCCUGGUGUCAGGGAAGCCCAAGCCCAUCAUCCUCUGGUCGAGGGCCGACAAGGAGGUGCCUAUGCCCGAUGGCAGCCUUCAGACAGAAAGCUACGAUGGUGUGCUGCGCAUUGUCAAUGUCUCCCGCGAGAUGACUGGAACCUACCGUUGCGCCACCAGCCAGUACAACGGCUUCAACGUGAAGCCCCGGGAAGCGCUGGUGGAGCUCACCGUGCAAUAUCCUCCGGUGGUGGAACCGGUGUUCACAGAGAUCCGCCAGGGUCUGGGUCGCGCCUUCACCCUCAACUGCCGGGUGCUGCGGGCGCACCCGUCCAAAGUGCUCAAGUACGAGUGGAAGCUGGGUACCAGGCUGCUGACGAUGGGCCAGUUCGACCAGCGCGACGAGACGGACUACCACGUCAGGGCACUCAAUAGGGAGGGCUACGGGGAGUACACCUGUGAAGUGACCAAUGAGGCCGGGGCGGGUGCCUGCAGGUUCUUAGUCACAGGGAGGGCCUAUGCCCCAGAGUUCUACUAUGACACAUACAGUGCGUUGUGGCAGAACCGGCCCAGGGUCUACGGCUUCAAGCUACAGUGGACCCAGCAGAACCCCCUGUCUGUGGACCGCAUCGUGGCCUACCGACUCGGGAUGAAACAGACGGGCCAGUCGAGGUGGUGGGAGCAGGAGAUCCCCAUGGAGGGAGCAAUUGCCAAGGGCGAGCUGAUCACCCACAACCUGACGGAACUCAUCAAGCCCGAGGCCUACCUGGUCCGCCUUACCCCCAUCACACGCUUCGGAGAGGGAGACUCCACAGACAGAAUCAUCAGAUACAGUGCACCAGUCAACCCUCACUUGAGAGAGUUCCAGUGCAGCUUUGAAGAUGAGGCCGUGUGUAUGUUCACCCAAGACAAGACGGAUGACUUUGACUGGACCCGACACAGCGCCGCCACCAGAGACACCAAGUACACGCCCAACACCGGGCCCAGCAGUGACCGAGCGGGCUCCAAGCAAGGUUUCUACAUGUACAUUGAGACGUCUCGACCUCGCCUGGAGGGAGAAAAGGCUCGACUGUUGACCCCCACAUUCAACGUCGCCCACAAAAGUCCCUAUGGGACUGUGACCGCCGCUCCCACCUACUGCUUUGGCUUCUACUACCAUAUGUAUGGGAAACACAUAGGGGCGUUGAACGCGUACCUACGGCAGAAGGGACACUCAGGCUCAGACAGUUCCUUGUGGAACUUGGUCGGGAACCAAGGGGACCGAUGGAAGCAAGCCAAAGUCAACAUCCACCCAAUAGCCUCUUUCCAGUUGGUUCUGGAAGGAAUUCGUGGUCCGGGUAUAGAAGGCGAUAUCGCCAUAGAUGAUGUCACCAUUGAGGAAGGAGAAUGUAAAGACCCUCCACCCAACAAUCUAAGGUCACUGUCUCCUCCUACCACGCCCCAUAUAUGGCAGUUCUUGGUCACCCUGACCCUGGUGUUUGUGGACCUUCAGAGGUGACCCCUCUCUCCCAGGAGGAGCAACCUGACGUCGGCCCAACCCCCGUGGAAGAGUUUGCAGACUUGGACUGUCCAAACCCCAAAAACUACCAAAGAUUCAUUCCGUUUCAGUCUGCAGGAGAGAAGCAGCCCAGCAAUGGUCCAGGGUGGAGCAUGAAGGAAACAAAAAAACUCAGUUCAUCCGGAUUUUUCUGAAAUAUGCACAGAGUGCACUCCAAGGUCAAGAUGGAGAGUCGAGCUCUCCAUAGUCUCUGUAUUAGGGACUCCAGUUCAUCAUUUUUUCUGCAGCUGAAGCAAUCGAGGCAGAGUAUGGGUACAUUUCUGUAAAGCACAAGGACGCAUGGUGUGGUUCCAUGUAUCAUUAAAUGGGCCACAGAAUGAUGAUAAUUGAUUUGUGUGGAAGAGUUUGAUUUUAUGUUAACAGUAUGUUGAGAAAUUUACAAAAUUUGUUCAACAACCCCCGAAGCUAUUUUAUGAAUGAAUAUGAUAGAAUAUGAUAGAGGCUAGUAAUUCCUCUGGGUUGUGGCUUUUCACCUCUCUUAAAACUUGGAGGAUGCCUAUGGUCGGAUUCAUCAAAAUGUGCAUAAACAAACACAUUUGCAUACUUUCUACCCAGAGGCUAGAAUUUGACUGCUUGGUGCAUUAUAUGUAUAUCUGUAAGUCAAUUCAUCGUAAUUAUUUCUUUGUCUGUUCUUUUUCCCCCCUUUUCUUUCUCUCUUCAAGGUUUGCAUAAGAUUGGUUUCAUUACAAUGUGCAUACACUUGUUCGCUAGGUUACUCUGUUAUGCAGUAGCUGAACUAUGGUGCAUUGUAUGCCUCAUGUGUAAUCAACCUCUAGCCUCCUCGUAGUCAAAGCACUAUGAGAUUGAGAACUUAGAUCCUUUCGAUGUACUGUAGGGGCUUCUCUGUGUCCCACCUGCCCUAAAAUUUCAGAAGGUGAUUUAAUAAACAGGGACAUGACACA